AUGAAAAGUCCAAAAGAAUCAGCUUCGGGAGUUGCAGGUUCUCCUACCUCACCUUCAGGAAAAGGUAUUUCCCUCACACCAAAAUCAGAGAUACCAAUUAAGAAUACCAUUAAUCUAAGGAGAAGUGCAUCCAGUAGAUUUCAUGAAAAAUCCUCCAGUGAAUUACAACAAAUUCCAGCUUUUAAUGUUGUACCACCAGAGGAAAGACCAAAUCUCUUAUUAUUAAAAUUAAAACAGUGUUGUGCUUUGUUUGAUUUUUCAGAUAGUGAAGCUGAUAGCAAGUCAAAGAGUAUAAAGAGAGAGGCUCUUUUACAAUGUGUCGAUUAUCUUUCAAGUUCAAAAGAUGCAUAUACAGAGGCUGUAUAUGAGGCACUCUUUGAAAUGAUAUCGAUCAAUCUUUUCAGACCUCUACCACCUAGAAUGAAUCCAUAUGGUGUGAUGUACGAUCCCGAGGAGGAUGAACCGAUUCUCGAACCAGCAUGGCUUCACAUUCAGAUUGUAUAUGAAAUUCUUUUAAGAUUUAUUGAUUCACCUAUAUUUAAUACCCAUAUUGCCAAAGCAUUUGUUGACCAAAAAUUUGUAUUACAGUUAUUGGAUCUUUUUGAUAGUGAGGAUCCAAGAGAAAGAGAUUAUCUCAAAACAACACUUCAUAGAAUAUAUGGAAAGUUUAUAGCACUGAGAGGAUUUAUUAGAACAGCUAUCAAGGAUUUAUUUUGUACAUUUGUUUAUGAGUCAUAUCAACAUAAUGGUGUUUCAGAGAUUUUAGAAGUUCUUGGAAGUAUUAUUAAUGGUUUUGCAGUCCCUUUGAAAGAUGAACAUAAACAGUUUUUAGUUAAAGUUUUAUUACCACUACACAAACCAAAGUCAUACUCUGUAUAUUGCUCACAUUUGGGAUACUGUAUCACUCAGUUCAUCGAAAAGGAUCCAACACUCUCUGAUGUGGUAUUCAAAACGGUUCUUAGAAUGUGGCCAGUUGGAAAUAGCCAGAAAGAAGUUUUAUUCUUGUAUGAAAUUGAAGACCUUUUGAAUUCCAUUGGUGAAGAGCAGUUCAUGAGAAUCUAUAUCCCAUUAUUCAAACAGAUCACUAAAUGUUUCAAUAGUGAGCAUUUCCAAGUAGCAGAAAGAGCAUUGUUGUUAUGGAGUAAUGACCAUGUGGUUUCUCUUGUAUCUUCCAAGACAUGUUUACCAAAUGUUUUAUAUGAAAAUUCAAAUAAUCAUUGGAAUAAGUCCAUCAGAAGUUUAUCAUUUAGUUCAUUAAAAUUAUUUAUGGAUAUUGAUGUAGAAACAUUUAAUAGAAUAUCAGAUCAAUAUAAAGAAAGAAAAACAAAUAAGAUUACAGAAGAAAAGAAACCUCAACAACCAAGACCAAUCACAUCAAAUAUUUCAGCAUUACCAGAGAAUGGUGAGAAACCAAUUUCAAUGAUUAGAAGAAAAUCACUGCUGCCCGUUGAUCCAUCGACAAUUGCAGCUUUGUCCAACCACAGAAGUUUGGAGGGACUUGUACAUUCUGGAGAUGGUGAUCACGACGCCGAGGAAACUGAAAUGCUCUAUGACUCUUCAGAGAGUAAAGUUCCAGUUGCUAUCAGUCAAUAA